AUGCCAAUUGUUAUUAUUGGAGGUGUAACAGCUACCGGUAAAACGACUACAGCUAAAAAGCUAGGAGAUAUAUAUAAUUGGGAUUAUAUUGAAGCAGAUGAAUAUCAUCCACAAGCAAAUAUUGAUAAAAUGCAUGCUGGUAUAGCAUUAACUGAUGAAGAUCGUCUUCCUUGGUUACGUAAACUCCAUGAACAAUUAGAAAAAUAUUCAUCAUUGAAUCAAAGUUGUAUUAUAACAUGUUCGGCUUUGAAAAAAACAUAUCGACAAAUCUUAUUAACUGGUACAUCCGAUCCUGAUAUUAAAGGAAAACUGCCAACAGAAGAUUUUUAUCUUAUUAUGUUAACAUUAUCGAGAGAAGAAUUACAUAAACGUUUACUUCAAAGACAAACAGAACAUUUUAUGAAUCCAGCUCUAUUAGAGUCACAAUUAGAUACACUUGAAUUACCUAAAAAUGAUGAAGAUGAACCUCAUAUGUAUAUUAUCAAUUGUGAUGGUCUUACACUAGAUGAUAUUGUUCAUAAAAUUCAAAAUAUUGUUAAGCAAUAA